UAUUUAGAAACUCUAUUUGCUGAAUAUUACAAAUUGAAUCAGUUCUAACCUUGAGCAAAAGUGUAAAUGGUUGGAGUAUCAGUAUGUUAUACACUAUACUAUACGAUUUAUAUCUUUGAUAAAGAAAAGAGUUGAAUUCUUCGAUGUUUUUCUGAAUUAUGUGAUAAGAUAAUUCUCUCUUAAUCUGAUGACAAAUGACACAAUUGUGAGUGCUUGAAAGGAAUAGAUUGAUAUUUAUUGCAAAUAAUAACGUUCUUAGGGAAAGGUAAAUAUUGGAAAAAUAAAAGCUGAUAUAAUUUUGGCAUCAAUAUGGCAGAAAAGAGCGGUGCAAUGAAAUUAGCCAAACUUCGUGAACUGAUGGAAGCUGUUCCAAUUGGUGGUAUUAAAGGAAAAGGUAUCCAAGCAGUGCUUGUAAAUUCAGAUGAUGCUCAUCAGUCUGAAUAUUUAAGAGAUAGAGAUAAGAGAGUACAGUUCAUAAGUGGUUUCACUGGAUCUUCUGGUUUUGUCAUUGUUACACCGAAUAAAGCUUUAUUGUGGACAGAUGGAAGGUACUAUUUACAAGCUUUGGCAGAAUUAGAUCCUCCAGAUAUGUGGACAUUGAUGAAGGAAGGAUUAUUAGAUACCCCAACAACAGUUAAAUGGUUGGUUUCUAACUUACCACCAAAAUCUACUGUCGGUGCAGAUGCUAAUCUAAUGAGUUACACAGAAUGGGUUUACUUACAUACCAGUUUAACUGCUGCUGGACAUUGUCUGAUUCCGCUUGAAGAAAAUUUAAUUGAUAAAGUCUGGGGCAAUGAGCAACCUGUUGCUACAGGUAAUAUUGUUCUACCACAGUCUCUGCAAUUUUCGGGAUGCACUGCAGGAGAGAAAGUUAGACUAUGCAGGGAAGAAAUGAAUAAGAACGAGGCAAAAGUACUUGUGAUUACAGCUUUGGACGAAGUAGCAUAUAUUUUGAACUUCAGAGGAUCUGAUAUACCUUACAAUCCUGUUUUCUUUGCUUAUGUGAUUCUCACAUUAAAUGAUCUGCAUCUGUUUAUCGAUAAAAGUAAAGUUAGUGAAAAAGCUCAACAACAGCUAAUAGAUGAAGGGGUAAACGUAGUUUAUCACGCGUAUGAUGAUAUAAAUGCAUUUCUAAAGGAAACUGCAGUUGCUAGCAAUGAAAAAAUAUGGAUUAGUAAUGCUUCAAGCUAUGCUUUACACGCUAUUUGUGAGGAAGUAAAAAAGUACAGUGCUAUCACGCCGAUAACAAUUAUGAAGGCUGUAAAAAAUAAUGUUGAGGUGCAAGGAAUGAAGGCUGCACAUAUACGUGACGCUGUUGCACUUGUAAAAUAUUUUGCAUGGCUGGAAGAUCAAGUUAAAAAUAAGAAGGAAACGAUUACAGAAAUAUCAGGGGCGACACAGCUGGAGAAAUUUAGGAAGGAGCAAGAACACUUCAUUGGACUCAGUUUCCCAACAAUUUCCUCGGUUGGACCUCAUGGAGCAAUAAUCCAUUAUCUACCAACAAAGAAAACGGAUGUGCCAAUUACAGACAAAGAAUUGUAUCUUUGUGACUCUGGUGCACAGUACCAAGACGGCACCACAGACGUUACAAGAACUUUGCACUUUGGUGAUGCAACGAGCUUUGAACGUGAAUGUUUCACAAGGGUAUUCAAGGGACAGUGUGGUCUCGCUACAGCCAUCUUCCCUUUGAAGUUACAAGGAAAUUAUCUUGAUUCGUUUACCCGUGAAAACUUGUGGAGUGUCGGUCUUAAUUAUCCUCAUGGUACUGGUCAUGGAGUAGGUUCGUAUCUAAACGUUCACGAAGGGCCUAUUGCCAUCUCUUGGCGACCAUAUCCAGAAGAUCCAGGUCUACAACCUGGCAAUUUUGUUUCAAAUGAACCAGGCUACUACGAGGACGAAAAAUUUGGCAUUAGACUCGAAAAUAUAGAAUUAGUGGUAAAGGCAAAUACCCCAUACAAUUACAAGAAUCGUGGCUUUCUUACUUUUGAGACUGUUACACUGGUGCCUAUACAGACCAAGUUACUUGAUAUUUCCUUAUUAAUGGAUAACGAGAUCAAAUACUUGAAUGACUACCACGCGAAAUGUUUGAAUGUUCUGGAACCUCUAUUGCAAGGACCAGAAAAUGCUCAAGCGCUUGAGUGGCUACGAAGAGAAACUCGACCAAUUUCGAAAUAACAAUUAGUUAUUUACCGAGAAACAAAUUCCAUAAUAAACUGUUUUUAUAUUUAA